AUGCCGAGGAGGAAACAAGACGCGCCGAAGCGGGCUCCAGCCUAUUCUCCUGAGGAUGGAACAGAGCACAGUGUCGACACAGAGGAAGCUCAAGCUGAAGUCCAGGCCCCGGACCCUCAGGACGAUCAUUCCACAAAAGAAGAGUUUGAUAAACAGAGUGAAGGCCCAGUCAAGAACCAAGCAUCUAUCAACAAAGCCCAGAGUGGAAAUCCAAGCUGGGGUGGCUACCCAAGCAUACAUGCAGCUUACCAGUUCCCCAGUGCCCUUAAACUCCAGCAUAGUAGCCUAGACAAGAACUCCCCAAUAAAGUUUUUGUUUAAUGGAAGUAGCACAUUACCAUCUAUUGCCAAGAACCAGCCCCUCAUUUCUCCUCUUUCUACACAGUCCUCUCCUUUCUCCAACAACUUCCAAGCAAUGGAAGACCUAGUGAAAAAAGUGUCUGAGAAAGUAGCCAAGGUAGAGCAGAGAGUGAAGCAGUUGUCACCAAAGCUGGAAAACAAUCACUCUCCCUGUAGUAGUGAAACUGGAGACUCACACAAAGGUGGGGAGUCUCCUGGGGAGUGGAGGGCGGUCACUCCAGCCAAUAGUGACAAGGGAAGCCAUAGCGACCGAGCAUCCCCAGUAACUGAACCCAAGAGAGACACAGAGGCAAAGUCCCCUAUGACUUCUACUCUCAAAAGCAGCACAGCAAUUAUCACCGGCCACGCUCCUCCUGAACAGCCUUUUGUAAACCCUUUAAGUGCACUUCAGUCCGUCAUGAACAUUCAUUUAGGGAAGGCAGCCAAACCCUCAUUGCCAAACCAAGAUCCCCUGAGUCUUCUCUCAAGACUUAGCCAGAGUAUGGCCGAAAAAGCGGCUGUGGGUACACCCCCCUCUUACACAAGAAAAUACGAAAGCCUGGCUGACAAUAGCAUCUGUCUACCCAAUGAUGACCAACCUAUGGACCUUACUAAAGGAAAGAGUGGCAGAAAUUCCUUCUCAUGUCCAACCCCCUCAACUCCUUCCUCUACUGCCUCUUCCCUCUCGCCUUCUUCCCACGUCACGCCAGCCAAGCUAACCGUAGUAUCCCCAUACACUUCAAGCAGCCCUCUCCAUGAAAACGCUCUGUCAGAUAUCUCGGACAUGCUCAGAAAUCUUACGCAAUCCAGCCAUGUCUCCAAACCACCCUCCCGCUUACGGAUCCCUGAAAAGGUGGAGCUUGUGGGAAGUACCCCAGAUGAAGACGAUCCAUCUCUCCACAGUCACAAGCGCAAAGCGCAGUCACUGGACGAAUGCAGCACCAACGGGGCAGUGUACCGCUGCCAGCUCUGCGUCCGUAAAUUUGCCACAAAGCACGCCAUCAAGCUUCACCUCAGCAAGAGCCACGGGAAGUCUCCAGAGGACCAUCUGCUGUUUGUGUGUGAGCUCGACAAACACUAA